UGUAAAUACUCUCCCACUGAGAACCGUUAUUUUCAGGGUUUUACGAAGAUUCCCACAAAAAUAGAGCAAAAUGGACUGUGGCUUGUUGACAAACAAGAAGGAGGCUGUUCCACUGAAGCACAUUGAGGUGGAACUAGAGGUACAGGGGCAUGUAGCAACAGUGACCUCUACCCUGCAGUAUAUAAAUGAAGAAGAGUGCCCCCUGGAGGCUGUGUUUGUCUUUCCCAUGCCUUCAGGAGCUGCUGUCUGCCAUUUCAGUGCCAAGAUUGCAGAUCAGGAGAUAGUGGCUGAGCUGCAGGAGAAACAGGAAGCGCGAGAGCAGUAUGAUGAUGCCCUGAGUUCAGGUGAACAAGCUUUCCUGUUGGAGGAGAGUGAGGAGUCUGUGGAUGUGUUCAGGCUGAGUGUGGGGUCUCUGCCUCCACACCAGAGUGCCACUGUCACCUUCAUUUACAUAAUUGAGCUGAGUGUGCAGGCUGACCAUUCACUGCAAUUUUGCCUGCCUGCAGUGCUCAACCCUCGUUACUCACCAGCCGGUACAGGUGGUGGUAUAGUGUCAGAGAUAACAUCAAGUUCCACUCGUGUUUCCUAUUCUCUUUCUUUUACUGCACAUGUGAGCUCUCCAAACCCCAUCACUAAAGUGGAGUCCAAGUGUCCUCUAGAGCCCCUGACAUUCCUCAACACAGAGCACACAAAGGCAAAGGUAAGCCUUUCUGCAGGUCAUAAGUUUGACAGAGAUGUUGAGCUGUAUGUAUAUUAUCAGAAUCCCCAUCAGCUCACUGCUAUAGUGGAGGCUGGAGCUCCCACUGCACAGCCAGGGACUCUAAUGGGAGACCCUGCAGUCAUGAUCAGUUUCUAUCCAGAGUUUCCUGAGUCAGUCAUGUCCUCCACGAUGUCAUGUGGUGAGUUUGUGUUUGUUAUGGACAGAUCUGGCAGUAUGGGCAGCUUUACACAUGAGGAAGGCCGUGCACAAGAACGCAUCGCGUGCGCCAGGGACACACUGCUCCUGCUGCUGAAAAGUCUUCCCAUGGGCUGUUACUUCAACAUAUAUGGUUUUGGCUCUGACUUUGAAUCAUUCUUCCCGAAAAGUGUGCAGUACAGUCAAGACACUAUGGCGAAGGCAGUGAAAAAGGUAAAGGAGAUUCGCGCAGACAUGGGAGGGACAGAGAUUCUGCAACCUCUGGAACAUAUUUACAAACAGCCGUGCAUCCCCGACCACCCAAGACAGUUGUUUAUAUUUACAGAUGGUGAAGUAGGAAAUACCAGAGAUGUUCUUCAUUGUGUAAAAAGGAAUGCUGAUGUUCACAGAUGCUUCUCAUUUGGGAUUGGUGAAGGAGCAAGUUCUGCACUAAUUACAGGAUUGGCUGAGAAUGGCUCUGGCCACGCCCAAUUCAUUACAGGAACUGAACGCAUGCAGGCCAAAGUAAUGCAGUCUCUUCGCUUUGCUUUACAACCAGCAGUAAUUGAUAUUGUUGAGGAUUGGGCUGGUUUGUCUUUCACUCGUCUGAGUCCCCCAAUUAAAACACUUUUCCAUGGUCAAAGAGCGCUGAUUUAUGCCCAGUUGAAAGGAGAGGACUGUCAGAAUUCAGAGGCCAAUGGAAAGAUAUCAGUGCGGUACCGCCUAGGAGAACAAGAGGUCUCAAACACUGUGCACUUCUCCAUGAUGUCUAUUGAGAAUAGCGGACUGGUCAUCCACAAGUUGGGCGCUCGUUGUCUAAUCCGCUCGCUGGAAAGGGAAGAGCAGGAUGAUGGAGUUGAUAAAGAGGCUUUAAAGGCCAGGGUGGUGGAACUGAGCAAACAGUCUGGAGUGAGCAGCUCACACACUGCCUUCAUAGCUGUCAAUAAGGGCAGUGGACAAGCUGUGAAAGGACCACUGGUGACGAGGAGAAUUCCAACACAAGGUUUGAGUAGUUAUGAUGCACAAUUGUGUUAUUAUUCCUUGUAUGAUGCAGACGAAUCAAUGUGUUCUAGUUACUCUAGAGGAUAUGACAUAAAAAACAGAUGCUACGUAAAAAAAAGUUUGACCAAAAGGAUUAAAAAUUGGUUUGGCUUCUCUAACAGAAGCUUUAGCGUAAAACAAGCUGCCUCUUUAGAAACUUCUGAGGCUUCAAUGGACCCACUGUUGCAGAUUGUCUCCCUCCAGGAAGCUGUGGGUUGCUGGCAAAUGGAGUCUACACUUGCAGAGGUGUUUGGAGUGACAAAAAAAGAGCUGAUUGCAAAGAUUCCUGAAAAGGUGAAGCCAGAUGUCUGGGCUACACUUCUGGCUCUGAUUUGGUUACAUGGCUUUAAGAUCGAUGCACAGGUUGAGUGGCAGUGUUUGGCCAUGAAAGCAGUGGAAUGGCUUCGCACUCAGACAGUGGGUAACCUCCUAGAGUGUGUGCGGGUAGGUAAUUCUCUACUUGGCUGUCAGGUUAAAGAAGAUGCUCUUGGGCUCUGAAGCCUUCACCGUCUUACAGCAUUCACACAGAAGCCCUGGCAUCCUUUCUUUUCUAAUUUAUAUAUAUAAAAAAAGCUUUAAUUAGCAUGUUUUUACACAUAAGAUUAUGUAGGUAUAUGUACUAGUAUGGCAAUAAAACAUUUUGUUUAUCAAUUUACAAAAAAUUAUGUUUUGUUAGUAAAAUCUUUACUUUUGGAUUUUAUGGUAACAUUUAUUCCAUGGUGUGAAGUAUGUGGUGUUGGCCCAAGAAUCCAACCAAGAUCAUUGAAUCACAGGUUUAAUGCAUUUGUUGGUAAGGGUUAAUGUUCACAUGUAUAAAGGGUAUUUGAAAUGUGUAAUAAUAGUUCAUAAAAAAUAUUAAUCAUAGUGUAGAGAGAGAGAGCUCAUCUGCAUUCUUGAUAUUUUGGAACACCAAGAAAUUAUUAAUACUGUAUGUUUUAAAAAUACACAUAUAUUACAUUUUGAAUAGUUAAAAUUAAGUGUCAUUUUAAAUAUUUCCUGGUUUUUCUUUACAAUUUAUAUUUCCUUUAUACUUUGUACUUUAUUUAGAAGCAAUUUGCUUCAAUCAUCAAACAGAGAACUGAGGGUAAGAACUCUUCAAAUAAGCUUACAUAAGACAAACAGGAAAAAAAACUCAGCAUGUAUAGUACUAGUCAAAAGUUUGGACACACCUUCUAAUUCCUUUUUUUGGUGAUUUACCAACAUUCUACAAUAAUACUGGAGAUUUUAAAACUAUGAAAUAACACAUGUAAUUAGGCAAUUAAGUAACAACAACAGUAGGUUGUAAAUUUAAGACAUGAAGGUCAGCUGUUCUGGAAUAGUUCUUGCAAGAACAGUAUUGUCAUGUGCAUUUGCAAAAACCAUCAAGCACUAUGAUGAAACUGGCUACAAAGAAGAACUUCAUUUAGAGUUAGAAGCCUCAUAAAUCAGAAAUUAAUAACACCCUGGAUUUAAACAUUUAUAAAGGUUUUACAGAGCAUAAGCAGCGGAUACAUCUCAACAUCAACUGUUUAAAGAAGACUUGCAUAUUUUAGAUCAGUCUAAUUUUAGACCCCUUCAGAAAGAAACCAAAGACCUUAAAUAAGGCAACUUAUGAUCAGUAAACACAAAAUGCACAAAUCCAAUCAAAACAGGAAAUGCACUAACAAACUGGAAUUCAAUUGAAAGAAUAGUCUCACAAAUACAAAAGUCUAAGAACUGAAACCUUCACACUGACGGAACCUGUGUCUGAAAUGUAUUUCUUUAGGAAAUGUGCAAAUUUCGCUGAGCCUUUACUAUAUAUUUGCAUUAUAUCUGUUAGCUGAAAUAUUGAAUAUGAGAUUUAAACAAAUUAAUCGUUUUAAUGUUGUAAUUGUGUCUAAUUAUGUGGCCUCUUUUGUAGCUACUGUAGCUGAUACAUGCUGUAAGCUAAUA